AUGACUACAGAUACUAAUCGAUCUCGUUCGAUAUUACGUCAAGUACGUGAAAAAUUUGGUGGUGUGAGUGGUAGUCGACGUCGAACAGCAAGAAGAACUGAAUCUUCAUCAUCAACAUUGGUUAAUACAAAACGUAUAUCCGCUGAUAAUAUUGAUACAAAGGAUUGUCACACAAAAUCUCAUUUAGAAAAUCCGACACCAGUUACAUAUUCUCAUCAUUUAUCUCUAUUAAUGAAUGUUAAAUCACAUUUUAAUAGAACACGAAAAUCUCCAACAACAUCAGCAUCAUCAUGUGAUAACGAUGAACGUACAAAUUUAUCAUUACCACCUGUUAUUUCCAUAUCUGAAUCAAAAUCAACAUCUCCAUUGGAUGUUAAUCAAAAUCUAGGUAAAGAUGAACUUAAUUUAUUAUCAUCUGAACCUCUAUUGAAUACAAUUACACAAAAUAUUGAUGAUCAGGUAAUAUUUCCACAGAAUUCCUCAGAUUUGGUAGCAUCUGAUGAAAAUACUCCACAAUUAUCUCAAUUAACUAUUGAUAAUAAUAGAACAUCGUGUUCGAAUCGAAAAAAUUUAAAUAAAUUUAAAGAUCAAAUGGCUCAACGUGCACGAACAGUCUUAAAUAAAUCUCCAUCAUUAACCUCAAUUUUAACAAAUACAUCAAUAAAAACAAAUGCUACUGAUAUGGUUUAUUGGGUUGAACUUUGUAUCGAACGAGGAAAAGAUUUAUCUAUUAAAGAUUUUAAUGGUACAAGUGAUCCGUAUGUUAAAGUUUAUUAUGGUACGGAAGAAAAAUAUGUAACAAAUACUGUAUAUAAAAAUUUAAAUCCUAUAUGGAAUGAAAAAUUAUCAUUUUUUGUACAUGAUUUAAAUAUUCCUAUUUCUUUCUGUUUGUUUGAUUAUGAUCGUAUUGGACGUGAUGAGUCUAUGGGUUCAGCAAAAAUUGAUCUAUGGAAAUUGCCACUUGAAAAAACUUAUAAUGCAACAUUAGAUUUAGAAAAUGAAAAACGAAUAGAUGGAAAAACUGGUAUGCUUAAAAUUAGUCUUACGAUUACACCAAAAACAUCAGAAUUUCGUGAUGAAAUAAUGCGUUCAUUACCGAAACCUUCUUCAAAUAGAAAAUCUUCUUUAAAUGGUCGUAUAGGAACAACUAAUAUGAUUUCAUUAGCGCGACGUACUAUUGAUUUAUUUGUAAUUGAAGGAAGAAAUUUAACAGUAACCGGUGGUAGUAAUAAACAAAUUAGUCCUUAUAUUCGUCUUAAAUUUGGAACAAAUAAAAAAUUUCGAACACAAACAAUCAAAUCAACUUCUAAUCCAAAAUGGCACCAAUCAUUUAUAUAUGAUAUUAAUGCUAAUGAACUUCCUCCAUUAGAAAUAACUGUUAUAGAUGAUACGAGUAGUUCUGGUGACAUCAUUGGAAGAGGAAUUUGUAAUUUCACUCAUUUGGAUGAAGAACGAACUCAUAAAAUAUCAGUCGAUCUUGAUGAUAAUGCUGGUACUAUUGAUUUAUUUGUAACUAUAACUGGAAUAGCACCAUUACAAGACGUAACAAAUGAUACUGAAACGUCUUCUAAUAUUGCACUUGAUGUUAUACCAACAAAAUUAGCAAAUGAAGAUAUUAAACAAUAUAAUUUUUUUUCAACAUUACGAGCAAUAAAACCAAUAUUAGAUGUUGGAAAAGUUGAAAUUAAAAUUUAUCAAGCACGAGAUUUAAGUGCAAAAGAUAUUAAUGGUAAAUCAGAUCCAUUUUGUGUUGUUGAACUUGAUUCAACACGUUUACGUACACAUACUAUUUAUAAAACACUUGAUCCAGUUUGGAAUAAAUCAUUUAUUAUACCUGUACAAGAUAUACAUUCUGUACUUGAAUUAACUAUAUUUGAUGAAGACACAAAUAAAAGUACAGAAUUUAUUGGAAAAAUAGCUAUACCAUUAUUAGCGAUUCAAAAUGGUGAAAAGAAAUGGAUGACAUUAAAAGAUCGAAAAUGUAUAUUACCUGUGAAAGGUAUUAUAGAAAUUGAAGCAACACUUAUUUAUACAAAUUUAAGAGCAAUUAUUCGAACAUUUAAUCCUAGACAAGUUCGAUAUUAUCAACAAGACGGAAAAUUUCGUGUUGGUGUAUUUAAACAACAUAUUAAUCGUGUAAGAAACAUGCUCAAAUGUGUAGUCAAUGCUGCGAAGUUUGUUAAUUAUUGUUUUGAAUGGGAAAAUCCUAUAUUAAGUUUUUGUUCUUUUAACAUAUCUAUUGUUAUUAUCUGGAAUUUUCAAUUGUAUAUGUUACCUUGUGCGCUUUUAUUAAUAUUUGCAUGGAAUGCAGUUGUAGAAUAUCGUCGAGGUUUAUUAGGAAAACCUUUUUCGACAUUAGGAGAUGAAGUAGUAUCUGCAGUAAUACAGCCAGGAGUUAUUGAUGAAGAUGCAAUAGAGAAUGAAGUUGGUAGUAAAGAACCAAAAAGAUCAUUGAUGGGUGUUAUUCAUGGUAUUCAAGAUACUGUUCUUGAAAUUCAGGGUUAUGUUGAUGAUGUCGCUUCGACAUUAGAACGUAUUAAAAAUGUUUUUAAUUUUACUGUUCCUUGGUUAUCAAUUCUUGCUAUAGUCGUGCUAACAAUUGUUUCCAUAAUACUUUAUCACAUUCCACUGCGAUAUUUAGUUCUUGCUUUUAUUAUAAACAAAUUUACUAAACGAUUUCGUAAACCAAAAGGUUACAUUGAUAAUAAUGAAAUAGCUGAUUUUCUAUCACGAUUACCUUCUGAUCCUGAACUCUUACAAUAUCGAGAAUUAAAACUUCUAUCUCGUAUUCCAACACCAAAAAAAUCUAAACGUACAACUCCAAAUGGCAAAUAA